CUAAAGGGGGAGGAACACUGAGAGACAGAUCGGGAGGGAGGAGCACUUGGUGUUCGGAGCCUGGCUUGGUCACUUUGGAACGUUAUAUCUCUGCUUAGGGAGGAAGAUCUCACUGAGAAUUUACUGUUGGGAUCUAAACACCUUUUUCUUUGGGAUUGGAAUAUUCUGUCGUCUUUGGGCCUACUGGCUGAGGAACCACCAAGUGAACCGACGAUAUCUAGUUGGUGAGUAAUAUGAGGACGCCUUUAAAUGGGCUAGACCCUGGAAUCCGACUGCAGGGCCUUUAACUCGAGAAGCAACAUGCAAACCAAUCGGUGAACCAGUGUGGCCUGUCAAACCCCCGCCCUUGUCGCCAACAGCACCAACAACCCAUCUCUGGGUGGGGGGGAUUGUAGUCAUACUUCCACACCACCUGAGAAGCAAACAUGAUGGAGUCCCUCCUGCCAAGAACAAGUCAAGACGCCAUGGCUUCAUCUAGUUUUGCUCCUUUUCUCAGACCUCCUCGCAGUUGCAUGAGGCAGCACUACCAAGGCGUGAGGAGAAAACUGCGGCCGGGGCGAAUUCUGGGCUUUGUCUUCAGCCUGGUGGUGGUCUGCACAGUGUGUUCAUGGAGUGCCUUGUCUCUUGUCACCACCACGGUGGCCACUGAGCCUCAUUCCAAUCGCUCAGGAGAGGCAGCAGUGCCCCAAAGAACUCUCCUGGAGCACCUCAACGACUCAGACCUUGUGGAGGGCACAGUGGGGGCUCAGCAGACGCCAGAAAUUGCGAUGAAUCACGGGGACUACCCAACAGACUACUUCAGCGUGGAGGAUAGACGUCAGGGCUUUGUCGUGUUACAUAUGUUUGGAAUGCUGUACAUGUUCAUAGCCUUAGCAAUUGUGUGUGAUGAGUUCUUCGUCCCGGCGCUCACCGUUAUCACAGAGAAGCUGGAGAUAUCUGACGAUGUAGCAGGAGCCACCUUCAUGGCAGCAGGCGGCUCCGCUCCAGAGCUUUUCACCUCCGUCAUAGGAGUCUUCGUCUCUCACAGUAACGUGGGUAUUGGCACCAUCGUGGGCUCUGCUGUCUUCAACAUCCUGUUUGUGAUUGGGAUGUGCGCCCUGUUCUCCAAAGAGGUGCUGAACCUCACCUGGUGGCCUCUGUUCAGAGACGUCUCCUUCUACAUUGUCGGCUUGCUCAUGCUCAUCUACUUCUUUCUGGAUAAUCAAAUCACAAUGUGGGAAAGUAUAGGCCUGCUCAUGUGCUACACCACCUAUGUGACCUUCAUGAAGCUCAACGCCAGAAUAGAACUUGUCAUCAAGAGACAGCUGGGCAGCAACCAGGUGGACAUGAUAGAGACUGCACCCAAGGUCAGCACUCCUGGUGAUGAUGAGAACAAACUGAUGGCCAAACCAAGGCUGCAGAGGGAAGGCAGCUGUGCUUCACUACACAACUCACUGAUGAGAAACAGUAUCUUUCAGCUAAUGAUACACACAUUGGACCCUCUAAGCGAUGAAGGACGAUUCAAAGAGAAGGCCUCCAUCCUUCACAAAAUGGCCAAACAAAGGUGUAAAGAGGAUGCUGUUAAUGCCAACGGUGUCGCUGAUAAAAAAAUUCCCAACAGUUCAAAUGUCGCAGUGGAAGUCACGCCACCCAUGAAUGGAGUUGCAGGAGACGAGGGGGGUGAGGAGGAGGAGGAAGACGAAGACCAGCCUCUGAGCCUGGCCUGGCCCGACACCAACAGGAAACGUCUCACGUACCUCGUCAUCCUACCAAUUGUCCUUCCUCUCUGGCUCACACUGCCUGACGUCAGAAGAGAGUCCUCUGAAAGGUUCUUUCCCAUCACCUUCCUUGGCGCCAUCUCUUGGAUCGCUUUCUUUUCCUACCUGAUGGUGUGGUGGGCUCAUCAGGUUGGUGAGACAUUCUGGAUCACAGAGGAGAUCAUGGGUUUGACUAUCUUAGCAGCUGGUACCUCCAUCCCUGACCUCAUUACCAGUGUGAUCGUAGCCCGAAAAGGCCUUGGUGACAUGGCUGUGUCCAGCUCAGUGGGCUCCAACAUCUUUGACAUCACAGUAGGUCUGCCCUUCCCGUGGCUCGUCUUUAACAUCAUCAACGACUUCAAACCGGUGGAAGUGAGCAGCAACGGCCUGUUCUGCGCCAUUGUUCUCCUCUUCCUCAUGCUCCUGUUUGUCAUCAUCUCCAUCGCAGCCUGUAAGUGGAAGAUGAGCAAACUGCUGGGCUUCUUCAUGUUCCUGCUCUACUUUGUAUUCCUCAUCAUCAGCGUCAUGCUGGAGGACAAAGUCCUCAUUUGUCCCGUCACCAUCUGAGAGACAAGCCCUAUAACUGACUACCAUCUGUCGCACACACUCAAAUACAUAAACAUCUAGUUGUAAACACAAACACACACACACACAUGCAUUGUCUGAGCUCAGCUAGAACAAGACUUCAUGCAUCAAGGCCUUCCAGUGGCCCGUUUGGUGGCACUGAUGCCACGUCGUACUUUCUAUCAGCCCGGAAACUACAUUUAGCGGGUUGAAACCUACUUGAAGAGACUGAUGGAUCAGUUUCCUGAACCGGGAUGGAGAGAUCAAAACUUUCCCUGCUCACGGAAGCAGUAAUAAAUGAUAUGUGGUAAGAGGACUCAAAGAGAUGUCACGUUUGGUUAUAAAACUCAGAAAGUGAUCCUCAGCAUCGUGGAAAAAAGAGAAACAAAGCAACCUUAGAGGUGUGAUGGCUAGAUGUUUAGAUUUUAAUUGUUUUCAUUUCGCACGUCAUUCAAUUUGUUUAUUUAGAAUCAUUUGCGCUGGUACUAUACAUUCAUCUCACAAAUACCAAACAUAUGGUACUGCACAUAUUGAAUUGGCUGAAGUACCCAACAUCCCCACCUAUUCCAGUACUGUACAGUGUAUGAUAAAAUAGUGUGUUUUUCAUACAGUAUAUUUAUGGACACAACUAAUUUGUGCUCUGUAUGCCUUUAAACACACCAUGUCCCAGCUGUGUGCUCCUCUGUUGCUGCUGACCCUUUAUACUGCAUGUCAUUGCUGCUCACAUGUGUUCCGUGUGAAAUCACAUUUGUCUUUCACUCAGAAGGACGUUUAAAGUCAGCUAUACUAUUCAGGCCAUUCAAUAAUAUCAGGCAAAAGUUGUGGGAGUGCUACUGUCACUAAGCAGAAAGAAAGUGGGAAAAAAACAGAGUUUGUCCCAGUGGGACUUUUUGUCCAUUUACCCGGAAACUACUCUUGUGGAGUCAGAGGUGUCUGAAGUAGGACCUGAGAGAGGGCCUGCUGUCUCACAGUUCAUCCUAAGACUGCUUUGAUGGGUUUGAGGUCAGGGCUCUCAAGUUCAUCCAUACUCAGCCAAGCAUGCCAUUAUGGACCUCGCUGAACUGAAUAAGUAAGAUUCUGAAGGAACUAAUAGGUCUUCAAGACCAAGUCCCAGUGAAUUCAUGAGAUUAUCUAUUCAUGGUGUGUCCAUAUAUUGUUUGCCAUGUGCUAAACCUCAUAGAUAUGCACUUCUGUUGCCAUCAUCUGAUCAGAAGAGGUUACAAGCAGCAGUGCUGCACAAUCACUUUUUCCACUUGAUGUCCAAUGCAAUGAUGUGUAAAGGUGAUGCAGAUAUCUAAGGAUUGUUCAUAAAUGUAUGUGCAAUUGUAUUUGGGAGCACAGUAUAAUCAGAGUUUCAAUCGCAUCUAGAGGUAUGGAGGAAUGAACAUUCCAAUAUGAAAUAAUGGUAGCUUAUGUACUGUUAGUGACAUGUCUGGCUGCUUUCUAAAAUGCUAACUAAACCUUUUCUGUUUUUACGUCAGACAUCCAGGUUUGAAUUUCAGUAUAUCGACUGUGUCAUGAGAAAAUGCAAUACAUAAUAGAAUAACACCCUCCUUUGCAUUUUUUCAUGCUUAUGUGCUGCAAAUAUGAUGUGUUGCGGUGCAACUUUUUGAAACAGCACAAAAUAAAGCACCGUAAAAGCGGAAGGCGGUGAGGUGCUGGAACCCUUUUUUGUAGAAUUUUAUAUUCUGAACACAACACAUAUUCAGGUAUAUAUUUGCUUGUUUAGCAAGGUUUAUCCUGCUUGAUUCAAUUCAUCUCAUUUUCCAUAUCAUUAAAGACAAAUGCAUUCUAUGUUUCCUAUUUUGGUUACCCUAUUUUCCGGACCACAAGUCUCUCCGGAGUCUAAGUCGCACCGGCCAAAAAUGCACAAUGAAGAGAAAUGUAUUUUUAUAAAAUCAGAGACCAAGAACAGACAUUUCAUCUGGAAAGGCAAGUUAUAGCAAUAACAAUAAAAUGGAGGCUAAAUAGGCGUCUAUUAACGUAACAUGAAUAGGUGGUAUGUUAACAUAACCUAUUAACAGUUAUUCAGAUAACUACAGCCUAAACAAUCCACAAAGUCAUUAUAUUCAUCGCCUUGGCACCUGCCUGGACGUGGAGACGUAACUGCACUGUUGACAAGCCUUUUUCGGUGGUACAGGAGUGAUAGGAGCAGCAGAUACUGGCACACCAGCCUAGAGCGCCCUCUUGCAGCUGUCAGUGUGGAAAAAAAAACAUAUAUAAGUCGCUCUGGAGUACAAGUUGCAGGACCAGUCAAACCAUGAAAAAAAGUGUGAUUUAUAGUCCGGAAAAUACGGUAUAUAUAUUUCUUUCUCGAUCGGAGUCACUGUUGUUUUUUACUUUUCUUUUUCCCUUCUUAUAAAAAUUUAACCUGACCGACAUUGUCCUAAUAUGUGUUUUAUUUUGCUUUUGUGUGUACAAAACUGUGAUGAAUAUCAAAGACUGUAUAUAACCUCCUGUAUGUAAUCAUAGUCAACUCAAUGUCUAUUCUCAGAAAUCCGCUUUAGGCCGCUCAUGCAGUAACACUUGAUGAUUAUCUGAGAGUGAACGAAACAUCAACAAGAGUCCAUCUUUGGAUGUCACGACAUACCGGUACAUCUUUUUUCAAUUUCCAUCCUAAAUUAUGCAAGUAUGGAAUUGUUUUAAUUUAUGAUUACUUGAAUUGUGUAUUGCAAUGUCAAAACUACUGUAUAUUGCUUAACUCAUUGUGUAAAAUUAUGAAAUAAAUAAACGCUCUGA